CGCUAAGCCGGGCAAGAUGGACAAGUACGACGAUCUGGGUCUGGAAGCCAGCAAGUUCAUCGAGGACCUCAACAUGUACGAGGCCUCCAAGGACGGUCUCUUUCGGGUGGACAAAGCUGCCGGCAACAACCCCGAGUUCGAGGAGACCAGGCGGGUGUUCGCCACCAAGAUGGCCAAGAUCCACCUCCAGCAGCAGCAGCAGCAGCAGCAACAGGAGGAGAUGCUGAUGGCCGCGAUGAACGGAGGGGCUGCCGCCUUCCACCCGCCCCGUCCCAGCCCGCCGGUGGCGCGGGGUUCGAAGCCGCCCCCCGCCGCCGAGGGGCCGCGAGCGAGGCCCUGCGAGGGAGGGGAGCGCGGCUUCGGAGAGAGCGGCGCACGUGCCGAGGCCCCGGGGAGCCAGGCCGGGCGCCGGGGCUGGGAAGCGGAGCCCGACAGGAUCCCCCGAGUGGGGGGCUCACAGCCUGGCGGGGGGCGCGGGGAGCAGCAGGCUGGGAGCCCCGGCGACCCCCAGCCCUGCCGCGGCGGGCAGGAGAACGGCGGCGAGGGCAGGCGAGGUGUCGGGGGCCGCGACCCGAUGCCAGCCGCACAGAGGUCCUCCUUCUCAAACGCCGGGACCCCCUCGGCACCCUCGGUGGGGCCAGAGGAGCCCCCGCCACAGCAGAGGUCCUCAUCCUUCUCGGCACCCUCCGCGCAGCCCACUCGGGGGUUUUCAGGCUCCGCUGAGCCCUGCGGUCCCAAAGGCGGAGGAGAUGGCAGCCAGCCGUGGUACCAGGGUGUCUCGCUGUCCUUCCCGCCAGGCUCCGCACCUGCUGCUCCCAGUGUGGAAUACCAGCACGCCGCUGCCUACCCCGGCCCAGGCGGUCACUUCGUGGCCCACGGUCAGAACCACAGGCCUGCCAGCGGCAGCGGGAACCCUGAGGCGGGCUCCUCACGCCUGGCCUCCCGAGGGAUGGUGGCUCCCAAUGCCCAGCAGAUGCUUUUCCCGGAGGGCGUGAGCGGGCCACGGUCAGACUCUGGGCACCUGGAUGGCUCCAGCACAGCAAAGGUGAAGCUGCCCUGCCAGACCCUCCUUCCGCAGCCUGAGCAAGGGCCAUCGGCGGCUGAGCUGAAGCUGGAGGCGCUGACCCAGCGCCUGGAGCAGGAGAUGGAUGCUCGGCCAAAGGCCGAUUACUUCGGUACCUGCGUGAAGUGCAGCAAGGGCGUGUAUGGAGCAAACCAAGCUUGCCAAGCCAUGGGCAACCUCUACCAUGACAGCUGCUUCACCUGUGGAGCCUGCAGUCGAAAGCUGAGAGGAAAAGCCUUUUAUUUUGUCAAUGGAAAGGUGUUCUGUGAAGAAGAUUUCCUGUAUUCUGGUUUCCAGCAGUCGGCUGACAGGUGUUUCAUUUGUGGUCAUUUGAUAAUGGACAUGAUCCUGCAGGCUCUAGGGAAAUCAUAUCAUCCGGGCUGCUUCCGAUGCGUCAUCUGCAAUGAGUGUCUGGAUGGUGUGCCGUUCACUGUAGACUCUGAAAACAAAAUCUACUGUGUCAGGGAUUACCACAAAGUUUUAGCUCCAAAGUGUGCAGCAUGUGGACUUCCCAUUCUGCCCUCCGAGGGGUCUGAUGAGACCAUUCGGGUUGUGUCCAUGGACAAGGAUUACCAUGUGGAAUGUUAUCACUGCGAGGACUGUGGGAUGGAGCUGAACGACGAAGAUGGGCAUCGCUGCUACCCACUGGAUGAACAUUUGCUUUGUCACUCCUGUCACCUGAAGCACAUAGAGAAUGGCACCACCCCAGCAGCUGCCUACCAGCACCACUACUAG